AUGCCGACCCCAGCGUCAGUUGCAAGAUUUGCAAUUUUCUUUCUCUGGACAUGCCUGUCCUUGGUGAAUGCCAAAGACUUGGGAAAUGUUUUCACCAGUCUUAGCGUGUCGCCAGUUGGCACGGGAGGUAUCCCCCAGAAAUUAUGGCAAGCCACACUAAACUUCCAAAUCACAUCGGCCAUGAACGCCCAGUCAGGUGACACUUUUAGUCUUGUCAUGCCAGACGUAUCAAGAGUUUAUGGUGCUCAAACCAUCGGAGGUGUCAGUUACAUUCCAAUAGCAGACUCCUCAUCAGGCUCCACCAUUGCCAACUGUAUUGUGAACAGUGGAUUCAACUGGAAUUCGCAAUCGUCUCUAGAAUGUUCCGUUAGUCAAAACAACGUCAACACUGCGAGCGGCAGUCUCUCAGUGCAGUUUGUUUUCGCUAUUGGUUCUAUCGGCAACGGUGCUUCGGAGGGAGCUGCACAACGUACUGCUCUGGGUUCUCACACAGUUACCUGGAAUGGUCUUUCUACCACAGUCAACUUUGUGAGCGCUGGUAGCCCCAGUCAGAGCUCGUCCAGUUUCAAAUAUAUGGCGGACAGUUUCCCUGCUCCAGCUAAUUUGCAACAGGCUUACUAUUUGGGUCCUACGUGCUCCCAGACUUUCUCCGAAUCGUUGCAGAUUGUCUUUGGUGGUUAUCCAGGUGGCAACGGUGAUUUAGUUUCUUGCGAUUCGGUUAACAUCAGUAUGGCCAACUCGUUCAACGACUGGAACUACCCAAAAAGUGCCGCUGCCAUUCCUGCUGCCUCUUAUUCGACUUACUGUUUCGGAAACACUUUUUCGGUUACUGCUAGCGGAAUUCCCGCUGGAUACCAUAUAUUCGUUGACGCCUUCCAAUCUCUGGACCGUUCCCUAUCUGCUGGUUUGAUUACCCACGCAAACAAUUACAUGGAAAUCAGAACCUGUCAGGGUUAUGCAUCCACCAUGUCAACCAUGGUAUACACAAAUUUCUACGCAGGUGCUGGAUCGGCUGGCGGAUCUCAGGACUUCAGAACUUAUCCUACCACUACCGUGGGAUGGUCGAACAGCUUUACAUCGACCACCACUUCUACUGGCAUUGCCACCGGCUCAGACGGAAAUCUAUCUCCUAGCCCUGUUAUUGUCGUUGAAACUCCCGCUAAGCACACCACUUCUUUGUCCUACACAACUUGGUCGGGUCAAGUCACUUCCACAUAUAGCACUUCGUUGGUGACAAUCACGGGCACAGACGGCUACAUUACCACCGAAACGAUAUACUACAUUGAAACGCCAGUUGCACAUCUAACAACCGCAACGACUCGCGCAUACAACGUUCCUUCCACAACAACGUACUCUACCGCUUAUUCUACCUUUACUGGUACCGACGGCAAACAAACCGUCGAAACUAUCUACUAUGUCGAGACGCCUAUCGUGAACGUGGUCUCUGCCACUACCAUCCCAUGGAGCGGGUCUUACGUUUCUACUUUUGCCACCGACUACUCUACCUUCACUGGUACGGAUGGCAGGGAGACCGUCGAGACCAUCUACCACGUUGAAACCCCCAUCGUGAACGUGGUUUCCGCUACCACCAUUCCAUGGAGCGGAUCUUACGUUUCUACUUUUGCCACCGACUACUCUACCUUCACUGGUACGGAUGGCAGAGAGACCGUCGAGACCAUCUACCACGUUGAAACUCCUAUCGUGAACGUGGUCUCUGCCACUACCGUCCCAUGGAGCGGGUCUUACGUUUCUACUUUUGCCACCGACUUCUCUACCUUCACUGGUACGGAUGGCAGGGAGACCGUCGAGACCAUUUACCACGUUGAAACUCCUAUCGUGGACCUAGUUUCUGAAACCACGAUCCCAUGGAGUGGAUCUUACACGUCGACUUUCGCUACCGACUUCUCCACCUUCACCGGUACGGAUGGUAAAGAGACCGUCGAGACCAUUUACCACGUUGAAACUCCUAUCGUGAACCUAGUUUCCGAAACCACGAUCCCAUGGAGUGGAUCUUACACGUCGACUUUCGCUACCGACUUCUCCACCUUCACUGGUACGGAUGGCAGAGAGACCGUCGAGACCAUCUACCACGUUGAAACUCCUAUCGUGGACCUAGUUUCUGAAACCACGAUCCCAUGGAGCGGAUCUUACUCGUCAACGUUCUCGACAGACUUCUCCACCUUCACUGGUACGGAUGGCAGGGAGACCGUCGAGACCAUCUACCACGUUGAAACUCCUAUCGUGAACGUGGUCUCUGCCACUACCGUCCCAUGGAGUGGAUCUUACACGUCUACUUUCGCCACCGACUUCUCCACCUUCACUGGUACGGAUGGCAGAGAGACCGUCGAGACCAUCUACCACGUUGAAACUCCUAUCGUGAACGUGGUUUCCGCCACUACCGAUCCCAUGGAGCGGGUCUUACGUUUCUACUUUUGCCACCGACUACUCUACCUUCACUGGUACGGAUGGCAGAGAGACCGUCGAGACCAUUUACCACGUUGAAACUCCUAUCGUGGACCUAGUUUCUGAAACCACGAUCCCAUGGAGUGGAUCUUACACGUCGACUUUCGCUACCGACUUCUCCACCUUCACCGGUACGGAUGGUAAAGAGACCGUCGAGACCAUUUACCACGUUGAAACUCCUAUCGUGAACCUAGUUUCCGAAACCACGAUCCCAUGGAGUGGAUCUUACACGUCGACUUUCGCUACCGACUUCUCCACCUUUACUGGCACGGAUGGCAGAGAGACCGUCGAGACCAUCUUCCACAUCGAGACACCAGUUGUGAACCUAAUUUCUGAGACGACUAUCCCAUGGAGUGGAUCUUACACUACGACAUUCGCUACUGACUUCUCCACGUUUACCGGUACCGACGGUCAAGAGACCGUCGAGACCAUAUACCACGUUGAAACUCCUUACGAAAACAUCGCCACGACGACCUAUACUUCGUGGACAGGCUCUUUUGUCUCGACGUAUUCAACGGAGUACUCUACUUUCAUCGGGGCUGACGGAAGGCAAACGGCUGAGACCAUUUAUUACGUUGAGACACCAAACGCUCAAACGCAAUCUACCAUUUUUACACCAUGGACCGGGGCUUUCACCUCCACAUUCUCCACCGGCAUUACAACUUUCACGGGAACUGAUGGAAUUCCUACAACAGAGACGCUUUUCUAUGUUGAAACACCUACAGCAUUUUAUGGAAACACCUCAUCUACUGCCUCUUCCACGAUAUCUUCAUCUGAGUCUGUGCUAUCAAGCCGCGUGACUCAAAGCUCAUCACAGACACCAGUCACGAUGACUUCAUCAGCAUCCCUCUCUUCCCAGGCUUUUACUUCUUCUACAAGCUCAGUCUCAACUGCCUCUUCGUCAUCGGCAAGAUCGUUCGCUACGUCGUCUGUGAGCACUGACGUGUUCUCAACUUCUCUUUCCUCAUCGAACACAGGGUCCAAAAACACCUUGAGUUCAAUUUUUAGUUCUUCCCCAUCAUCUUCGGCCCCCGCCAUAACACAACAAACUUCCAAGUCUGAGUUCAGCGGUUUGACAUCUCAAUCAACAACUUCUGAAACUUUGAGUCAUACCCAGAUUCUUUCCCCUUCAGCGUCGGCUAGCGAAGCCUCUACUAGCAUUGCUUCAUCAUUCUCGGGCCCUGUAAGUGAAUCCACUCCAACGGCAGUCGCUUCUUCCUCUUCGCCAGCGACAAUCACCACCACAAAGAGAGAGUCGCAGACUCCAAAGACCUCUUCAGCCUCGACUGUCUAUGGUUUCUCUUCAAGUGUGCCAAACCCAUCGAUCUCAUCUUCUGCUCCUCAAGAAAAACCAUCUUCUACUUCCGCGUCCUUAGUAUCUUCAAACGGAUCUCCAUCUAUCACAACCGAUUUUGUGACGGCCGCUGGCGCAACCUAUUGGUCGACCAAGAGCCCAUCUGCUGCAUCGACGACUACUUUAUCAAGCAAUUCCUCGCCUUCUAAUCCACAGUAUUCGGCCUCGCCAAGUCCAGCUGAUAGCGAACGCUCGUCUUCCGAAGCAAACCCAUCGUUCACCUUUGCGUCGCCAGUUUCGUCGAAAGCAUCCUCAUCGACCGGCGCUACCUAUAACACUGGUACCACCGAGACUUACAAGACGACCAACGGUCCAUCUUCGGCAGUGACAACAUUGACCAGCAUUCCUUCCGUCUCGAACGCGUUUUUCAGUUCUCAAAGUUCUCCAUCUUCAUCGAUGACGAUCUCAACUUAUGCUGGGAGCGGUUCGAAACUGGGCCUUGGACUAUUGCUAGCGCUUCCAAUGGCUGUACUAUGA